AUGGUGAAGGACAAGACGGCGGCGCUGGAAUGCGCGAAGAAGGGAGCGGUGAAGGGGAAGGGGAAGAAGACUGGCAUGAGCGGGUCGUCAUCGAGAUCCGGCUUGCCGCGCGGCUGGGUUCAGGGCGACUGGAUCCAGUCCACCAUCGAGCUGGAUGAUCUGCGGGAUCUGGCCGAGAGUGGGCUGAUCGAGCAUGGUUCUUGGAGGCUCCCGGGGGACGAAACUGAGCCACUGCCCCAGGAGGGUGAAUGCGUCUUGCUCGCCACCCACGUCGACCGCGGGAGCAAGAGCGGUACCAGGAAGGAAGAAAGCGGAGGCAAAAGCAUGGAUUAUCUGUCUGAUGGAGGAGAAGAGGAGGAGGAAAGCGAGGACUCGAGCAGUGGCGAAGAGGUCGAGUCACCACCUUGCAAUGAAAGGCGUUCCAAGAAUAAGCAUGACCCGGCAAGUAUCCGUGGCAAGGCGACUGGGCAGACUGGACAGACCUCAAAGUGCCCUCGGACGUCUUCCCCAGCGCCAACUGAGAAGGCCCCGAAGCAGUCUAAGGCUACGCCAUCAAAACCGCGGAAGGCUUUGCCCAAGAUCAAAGUGGUCGUUCCCAUUGCUUCCGGUGCUGCUACCUCUGGGACUUUUGUUUACAGGGAUGAAGACGAGGAAAUGGAGGACGCAGUCACCUCUAACCCGGCUCCUCCCAAUGUCAUUGAUCUUCCAGAUGACGACGAGGAUGUGCCGCUGAGGCCGAUGGGAAGGAGAAGCAGGAAGACAUCAACUGGAAAGGCGCCUCAGUCGACGCCGGUGAUGGAACCGCAUGCAGACUGCGGCGGCGCCGUGGUGAGCAAGCUCCCCAAUACUUGGCCCAAAGGAGCCUUCGUGGAGACCAUGAAGGUAUGGCAGCAGGAGUGGUUCUACAUCACCGAACCCCGCGGGCUGGACGGCGAAGGCGGAGCGGAUCAGGUGUCCAGCGCCGCUACUCGAAAACCCAGCCACUCCUCUGCUAACGAGGAUGCUGGUCCCGGCGCCCUAUCAGGCGCCAGAGAAAAAGCCAAGAUGAAAAUCAAGGAGGCCAAAGGAGGCCUCCGUCAUAAAGGUACUUCGGACGCUAUGUCCGGAGAAACCAAGGCUCCCUCCUCCCCCGAGGGAGAUGAAGACGAAGGGGAGGAGGAUGUCGAAAGUGAUUCUCCCCUUAAGGGGAGGAAGAAGAAAACGGCGGCCUCCGUAGACCCAGAGGCGGAGGCAUCCAAGAGGGGAAAGAUCUCCCUCCCGGAUGGCUCGGAUUCGGAUGCCGAAGCCAUCCCUGAGUGGCGCCCUAGUCCGGCCCGCGACCUUCCCCAAUCUUCAACGUCCGAGGGGAAUUCUCUGGCGCCAGAGAUGGUGGAGAGCGAGACGCCUCCGCGAGCCUCUCCGCCAACCACUAGGGACAACACCGAAGUGUUGUCCGGAAGAGCUUCUCCGGGCCGGGCGAAGGUGGGAGAGGCCAACAAGACGGCGCCGGAGGCGGCGACCGCCCAGGCCGCUGAAGUAUCCGAACUCAAGAGGAAGCUGGAGCUGAUCGAUGAGGAUCUCGUCCGCAUCAAUAAGCGGUUUGAUGAGGCGCAAGGUAGUGCGGCCGAGGUCGAGACCUUGAAGAGCGCCCUUGCCCAAGCCAAGGAGCAGGCACGGGUGAGCCAGGCGGCCGCUGACAAAGCGGCCGCGGACUUAAAGGCCGAGCAGGUCACCCGCCGCCGAUACGAGGAGCGGGUGAACGAAGUGGAGCAAGAGCUCAAAGAUGCCGCUGGCAAGUGCGAGGCCUAG